GAGAAAGAGGAAGCUGUCCAAGCACUUGCUGCUUUUCAAGCUUGCUUUAGUGAGAUGUUGCUCAGAAGUGCUCAAUGCAGAGAAAGAGGACAUAAUAUACUAUACAUCCAUUUCCCUUUUGCAGGAGACAUUUCAGCAGGGCUGAGAAGACAUUUGGUGGGCUUGUGACAAGGCACCUCCUAACAGCUGAAGUUUAAUUCCCUAUCUGUGAGAGACUUCCAGUCUAAACAUAAAUGUGACUACCAUGGCAUAAAAUGGAUCUUGAAAGUAAAAAACACAACAGUACAAUACUGCAACAUACGGCAAAAACUAGCAAUAAUUUUGCACACAUUUCAGCAGGACAUUUGGAAGAGCUCUCUUGGAUUUAUUUUCAGGCAAGUUUCCUGGGGUUAGUGGCUCCCACCCCUGCAGGUGGGUUCAAGUCUAGCCUGCAGAGAAAUAAUGGUAUCAAAAAGAGGCUGAUUUGGAAGAGCACAACCCCCAGCCUGUCAGCUGCCCAUGAGGAAGCAGAGCACUGAGUCUGCAGUUUUCUUGCAAGACUUCUUGAAUCUUUCCUCUGCAGAAGAAAGAGCAGUAAGCAACCACAUACUGCAGCCUAGCAUAUACUAAAGCUAACUUUGAAUAAUCAGCCAUUUUUGUUCAAAAGGCUAUGGUAGGAUGCUGGGAAAAGAGCAACCACUUUUUUUUCUUUGCAACACACCACGUAUAUAAAAUAAACUGCUGACUAUGCAAAGGUGAACUGGAACUAAGGAAUUUUCCCCGAAAGAGAGCAGAUGUGCCACAGCACAGCAAGGAGUGAAUGUCCAAGGACACAGAGGAGGCAGGAGUUGUCAUCUUCUGCUCCAGCAGCAAUGUCAAGAAAAAAUAGCAGAAAAACCCAAUCACACAGCAUUUGUGAGCCAAGAAGGGGUCUAAAUGCCCAUCACAGACUUCAAAUAAAUACAAAGCAAACAAAAAUUGCUCCUUUAAGUCAGUUCCCUUGCUAUGUCAGACUGAGUAUGGGGUAUGAGAGCCUUAAAAUCAAUAAGUUUAGAGCUCUAUUUAUUAGUUGCCCCAGAUUUUGAAAUACAGUUUGCUUUUUCCAACGUACAUCCAAAAUUGUAAGGACUAAAAAAACACAGCAAAGUCUGAGCCUGGUGUCAUCACGCAGCAGCAGGCAGAGCUUUGGAACUGAAAAAGCACCAGCAUGUCUAUUAUAAUAUCUUGUUUCAAAAAAUAAUAGAAUCUCAAAAAUGUAUAUUUUCUGUUGAUUUCUAUUUUAUUCUAAUUUUUUUCAAUUAUAUAUCUCUGAGUAAUAUUCCCCACUUCUCCUGAACUCAGAGGUUUUACACAAGUUAUCAGCAAAUGAUCACAUUUUCUGCCUCACAGUCACCCCAGCCACUGAGUUGCAAGAGCUAGGUGCUGGAAAUGGGAAUAGUGAGCAAAGAUUUGUGAAAUCUAGAAAGAAAAGGCAUUUCUCAAGGAGCCCCCACCUGUCACUUGAUGCACAGCAGAGCAGAUGUCAUGCCCUUGGGUAGGGCAGUGCUGCUUUGACAAGAGCAAGACAAAGUCUGUGCCGAGUGCCUUUAUCACUUGAACUUUUCCUCAAAUGCUACAAAUGCUUCUGGGAAGUCGAUAAUGUUCCUGUUGGAGGGCACCAUGGUGACUUUGAAGACAUGAAGCUUUCAAAACACCGCCUGGGUCUACUGUGAGGACUGGCUUUGCCUUAGUGCCUCCACUGAGUGGCUGAUUCUCAGAAAGAACACGAUUGUUCAUUUUACUGCAAGUGUAGUCCUUUAUUAAUCCACACACAGAGGUUAUUCUUUCCCAAAUUCUCUGAUCUCACUCUAUGUUCCAAGCAGACAUUAAUUUAGCUAACAGAGGUACAAAAUGCAGCAACAAAAGGUCAUUGUGACCUUUUUUGAUAAGCUGGAAUAAUGAUUAAACUACAGUGCAGAGGAUCCCUAAGAAAUAGUUAUCUGCAGCUUAAAAGUUCCAUUAAGGAGAAAUAAUUCAAGUAGAAAAAAAAUCCAUAUCCAUAUUUGCAGACUUAGUACUUUGCUAAGUUAUUUGUCUACAUAUGGAUUAUUAAGAAAAAUAUGCCUAAACUAUACCAUUAAUAUAUUCUUAGCUAUGCUCUUGUGUUGUUAUGAUUAGUAGGUUAUCUGAAAAAAUCUGUCUAAAAGACAAGGCUUUGCUGUGGAUGUCUAUUCAUUAUUAAUUAUGCCAAAUGCAUUUGGUUUUCCACAGUUUUAUUCUAUAGUGCCUUAAGGGGAGGGACGCUUGCCUUCAAAAGGUGCCAUGGCUGUUUAGAAAUGAAAACAAAUACAACAGUCUGCUGACACACAGUGGUCCUCUGACAGGCCACAGAGCAUCAAAGCAGUAAAGAAGUGUCUAAAAGGAGAUUCUGAUGCAGUGCAAACUGGCUUCUUGCUUCUGGGAUGCCAUGCACAGCACAUCCCGCCAUCAGAGAGGGAACUUUCAGGCCCUCUAUUCUACAGUACCACCACACAUGACUGUGCCAUCAUCUUUGUUCUCCAGGCUUGAUGCCCUGCCCAGCUUCUCCAUCUAAAACUGAUUUUAUGGCACUCAGGUCUCAGAACUGACUGCUCUCUGUCCUGUUGCAGUACUGUUCCUCAGGUGCCCUCUCUAUUGUUCUCCUCCAUGCAUUUCAUAGCAUCACUGCUGCAUAGCACAGCCACUCAUCUUGUGGGGAAAAGGCUCAUAAACAUCCUAAAGCCUAUGCCCAAUUGAUAGCUAAGAGCUGCUUUACAUUUGAAAGCAAGUGAUAGUAGAGAGCUCUAUAUAACUAGAUUUGACCAGAAAUCCAGAGGCCACCUUAAGUGAUGCCUGUUCCUCAAUUUUUUGUUUGCUCUGCUUUUCGUUUUUCAAGAGUGUGUGGCUCAGCAGCCACAGAUUUUGGUAGUAUAGCACCUAAUACCACAAAACCAAUUGCAGAUUGUUCAAAGAAAGUAUACUCCCUAAAUUAUGGUAAGUGUGGGAAAUUACAGCAAUGAGCUGUAGAUAUCAAAGCAAAGAGCCAAGUGGUGAAAAGGCUAUUUUACCUUAAAACACUCUGCCAGCUUUCACAUCCAAAGUUCAUGGCAGAGCUAUGGCCAACACACGGGCAGAACAACCACAGAAUGGGUUGGGUUGGAAGGAAUCUUAAAGAUCAUGUAGUUCUAACCUCCCUGACAUGGGCAGGGACAAAUGAGUACCCAGGAAAGCCUGAAAUAGCAGAAGCUCAACAUUUCAAACUAGGCAGAGGUUCCUAUACAUGGGUAUGCUCCCAGAAAUUAGAACUGAACAGCAAAAUGGAUGAUGAUGCGACUAGAACAGUUUACACUGUCACAUCUAAAUAGCCAUAACUUUUCAAAAUCACACUUAUUUCACUAAUAACAAAUGAGAAUCUUGAUGGAAUCCAUGGGAGUUUCUUGACAGGUUUUGGUACAGACACAGGAACUGCAGUAGCACAGUUGGAAAGCAGAGGGAGAAUAACCUUGGCAAUUUGUGAUAGCAUAUUACAUUGAGAUUCAGACAAGGAGUAAAACAAUGUAAUGAAAAAGGCCCUACAGACAAGAAGUAAAAUGUAAUGAAAAAGGCCCUACACAAUCAAGAGUGCCAGAGGCUAUAAUAAAUACCAUUAAAUUAGGAACAUAAACAGUAGAACCGCUCAAGAUAGCAGUUUGCCAAGUAUUUGUGUUAAAGCUUUAAGAUAAGUACUGGGGUGGCAAAUUACACUCUGAAAUCCAUGUACUUGGUGCCUUUCAAAAUACAUCCCUGAAAAUGCCACUCAUCUUGAAAGUCAGUCAAGUCUUGACAGGUAUUUUAAACAACAAUUUGAUUAUAUCCGACAUCUCUGCUGAAAGUUUCAUGAAAGUUAAAUAUCUAAGCUUAAAACUUCAAUCUGCUGUGGUGACUUCAAUUUGCUUUCCCAAGCCAUCCUUGCUGCCUGCAUUGGCUACACAGACAGCACAGCUGCAGCAAGAAGCAAGGGACCAGGUGUGACCCUAAUUUUGUCUGGGGCAAAAUCAGAGAACAUUUACAGUGUGCAAGAGGAGGAAAGAAGGAAUGCUUUCAGGGGGAAGGCGAGCAUGUGGGAGUGUGGGUGAGAGAGGGAGACCUGGGCCCUGAGUCGUCCUGCCUAUAAUCCCCGUCACCAAACACUCAUUCAGUUAUCAGAAGCAUUUCAGAGCCCUUGAGAUUAAUGGCUGGUGCCAUGUAAACAGAGCCUUAUAUUGAGAAGAACGAGUUACCAACAAGCCAGUGUGGAGCAGGAGACCGAGGCAGCCUCCUGUCCCUCGCAGUCCCAGCCAUCCCAAGAUGGGCAACAGUUUGAAAGCCAUACUUGCUUUUGUGCCCUCUAACAAGUGCCAGAAGUACCUCCUAGAAGACUUAGAAGAGAUGCCAGUGGAUAAAAUGGUCGAUCUGAGUGGCAGGCAGAUGAGACGGCUGCCUGUGCACAUCUGCUCUUUUAGGGAAUUGGUUAAGCUGUACCUGAGUGACAACAACCUGAACCAUCUGCCCCCCGAGCUGGAGCAGCUGCAAAACCUGCAGAUCUUGGCACUGGACUUCAACAACUUCAAAGCACUGCCCCUAGUUGUGUGCACGCUGAAGCAGCUGUGCAUCCUCUACCUGGGCAACAACAAGCUGUGCAGCCUGCCCCUGGAGCUCCGACUCCUGCAGAACCUGAAGACGCUGUGGAUCGAGUCCAACUGCCUGCAGUACCUGCCCGAGGUGGUGUGCGAGCUCAGCCUGCUCAAGACGCUGCACGCGGGCUCUAACGCCCUGCGCGGGCUCCCUCGGCAGCUGCAGGGCCUGCAGGAGCUGCGCACCAUCUGGCUCUCAGGGAACCUGCUCUCCGAGUUCCCGCCCGUGCUCCUGGACAUGCCCUUCCUCGAGGUCAUCGACGUGGAUCGCAAUUCCAUCCGCUUCUUCCCCAGCCUUGCUCACCUGCCCGGCCUGAAGCUGGUGAUCUACGACCACAACCCCUGCAGGAACGCGCCCAAGGUGGCCAAAGGGGUGCGCAGGGUGGGCCGAUGGUCAGAGGAGAGCCCCGAGCCCCGCAAGCGAUCGGGGGCGGUGAUAGAUAUCACGCUGGACGAGAAGCCAUUGCUACCUCCUGCCGCCAAGGCCGAGCCAGACGCCGAGCCCUGCUGACGCUCAGCUGCCCCUUCUGGCCAAGGUGGCAGUGCACUCCUGCUGCCCAAACUCUACCUCUCCCUUGCCUGCUGGUGUCCAGGGAGCACCACACCGCACGGCAAUCUUAGGAGUACGUGCGCCAGCUUGGAGAUAAUGCGACAGCACAACUCUUGAACAGACACCUCUCUGUGCAGCACCAGCACCCUCCCUAGAACAGACUCCUUCUGUCUCCCAUGCUGAGAGCACACAGUUCACAACAGAGAUAAGACUUAGUUUAGAUGUUUGGCAUGGGUGGAUUGCAUAGAGCACAUAUGGACUUGCUGCUCCUCACCCAUGGGCUCACUCUUCUCCCUUCCACCUUCUUGAGGUGUCCCAGUUCAGCUGAAACCCACUGCUCAAUGUGAUCCCCACAGCUCUAAAGCAGCAUUGGUCUCAAAUUACUUUGUCUGAAACACAGCAAUACCUUGAAGGCUUCCCUGUCUGCGGAGUGGGAAGUGGUAGCAGGGUCCUGGCUGCACUAUCAAGAAAACAGCACAUACCUACAGGGGGCUCUCCUCUUUCUUCCUGCAAAAUUUGUGACAACUGUUUCAUCACUGCUGAGCACUAUUCAAAUGAUGGUGAGGAAAGCUGUAGGCUUUGGUGCUGGGUUUUGUUACUGACAGCACUGCCUCUAAGGACAGCUGUAAAGGAAAAGUUUUCAUGCAGGAGCAAAGAAGAAAAUCAAAGCCUGACUAAAAAGGAAAAGCCACAGGAGCUGCAAAGGUAAAGUUGCAUGAAUAAAAUCCAGGCCUGUGAGCUGUCACUAUAAGCUUGCACAUAAUCUGACGAGACAAACUACUCAGAUGAUUUCAGCUGGGUAUUUCUCAAGCUUGCAACUUGGAGCAGUUCAGAUCCCCUAAAAAUGCACUUUUUUCCUGAGCUUUGCUUUAAGUGAGUAACAGAAAUCUGGCUCAAAGUGACAUUUUAAACUUUAGGCUCCAUAGCAUAGUUGAAUUAGGUGACAGGUUUUUUAACAAGGAUGGAAAGCCCUUGGUGGCACACUCUGAGUCUGUCUCACCAGCACAGCCCACAGAAGCAGCAGCUGACUUCCUAGAAAAGGUUUGAUUCCAUGCCAGUUCAUGACUGUUUAAUGUCAUCUACAUGCUUGAAAAAUUAUCUGGAAAUACACAGACUCUGCUAGCACUUGUUGUAAAAUGAAGUCCAAAUUUGCAUCUGGCUGGCACCCAUGUAGUGUGCUAUUGGUGAAAUUAAAUAAAAGUAUACUAGCAGCCUGCCAAGUUACAAAGUCCUUCUUUGGAAUUAACAGCAAAUUCUUUAUCUAGUCUUGUUCCAACAAUUUCUUCCUACAAAAAUGAAAGCAGGACAUGAGUUAGGGGUGCUAUUUUAAUAUCCGAAGUCAAUAUUUUAUAUCCCACAGAACUGAGCUGGUACUGUAUUUAUCUGAGGGGAUGGGGAAGAGCAUGCUUUCACUGGCUUAUCAAUGACCUGUGUUUCACUCAGCACUCACCACACAGCACUGUCACUUCUGGAGAGCUGAAGAGUCUCUGUCAAGAGUUAAGGGGAGGAUUCUGUAAGCAUCUCAUUUUAAGAAAUCUAAGGCAGAAAAACCUUUGCACGCAUACUUGCUUACUUCAGCUUAAUCUUUCUGCUUUGGCAGACUUGCCCUGCUGUUUGUACACUUGCAAGGGCCAGAAGGUCACAAGGUCUGUGGGCACCAUUCUGGGCCCCCACACAGACAGGGCCCCUGCUUGUCUGUGCUCACACUCCUCACAGGUCUGCAUGCAGACAGCUGCAGGCAUCACAGGCUUCCUUCCAGCCUAGGCACAAAGAAACCUGCCCAGUCGAGAAACAUGUUAACUUUGCAGUAACUAAUUGAAUAGGAAAGUGAAUAUGAAGACAGGAUUCAACAGACAUGAAAGGCAUGGGGCAGAGGGCAGGAAGUGAAGGUUUAGGCCUAUUUUCUCCUAAGUGUCCACAAUUUUAAGUGUUUGUCAAGUCAGCCCAAUACUUUACAGAUCAACACUCAGACUGUUUAGUCCAGAAUGUUGCUCUCUCUCCCAAACUGCAUGUUCCUCUCAACUUCCCUGAGCAGAAUGUAAAAUUUGUGGUGUAAAAAGCUGUAAGAUCACUUAGUUGUAGUUCUAGGCAUUGACUGAGGUUCCUCGUCCACUCACUGUCUUCCAUCAUAAAGAGUAAUACUCUGUAUCACUGGAAAAAGAUACCAUCUAACUUCAGAGCCUGUUUCUAGGACCCCAACUCAAAACCUAUGCAGCCAGGACUGGAACACACCACUCAUACUAACACAGCAGGUCAGCAGGAACCAGCAAGUCACAAGGGCUCAGUCACUC